AUGGGAAAUUGUUGCCCAAAUCACGAUCUAAAAACAUCCUUUAUUAGUUCAAUAAGUGAGGACAAAACUAAAUUGGCAACCAAUAGUGCAACUAAGCAACCUGUCUUAGUAGUUAUCCCACCACCUUCAUUAAAAUAACAAAUCAGCCAAGAUGAUUUUAUUAAGAUAGGAAUGCUUGGACAAGGGGCUUUCGGCAAGGUUUAUCAGGUGAGAAAGAAGGACACUAAUAAAAUAUAUGCAAUGAAAUAAAUUUAGAUUAAGAAAAUCAGAGAAUGCAAUUUAGAAACAAACACAGUUUUGGAAAGAAAUGUAUUAAAAUAAAGCAAACAUCCUUUUAUAGUAAAAUUGAAAUUUGCAUUUCAAAAUCCAAAGUAUAUAUUCUUUGUAAUGGAAUGCAUAAAUGGAGGGUAGUUUUACAAUGUUCUCAAAUGUAAAAAAAAUGGAUUACCAGAAAAUGUUGUAAGAUUCGUUGCAGCAGAAGUAGUAUUAGCCCUUGAAUAUUUGAAUACAAAACUUAAGGUGAUAUACAGGGAUUUAAAACCAGAAAAUAUUUUGCUGACUGAAACGGGACAUGUUAAAUUAACAGAUUUCGGAUUAGCAACCUUAAGAAAAGAUAAUGAAAAAUCCUAUCUAUUAGCUGGCACUCCUGAGUAUCUAGCCCCAGAAAUCAUUACAAGACAAGGUCAUUCUUAUGAAGUUGACAUCUGGACUCUAGGCAUUCUUAUAUUUGAGAUGAUUAAUGGUAAUCCACCAUUCAAUGAUCCACAAAGAAGAGUGGAAAGGAUCACCAAAUAAAUUUUACUCAAUGAUCCUACCUAUCCAAAGACCAUGAGUCCAACUGCAUGUGAUUUAAUUCAAAAACUACUCAGAAAUGAUCCGAAAGAACGCUUGGGUGUUAAAGGAGGCUAUGAAGAAAUAAAGAAUCAUCCAUUCUUUAAUUCAAUUAGCUGGGAUGUUAUUCAUAUGCAAGUAUCUCCUCUUAAAACCUUUGCUGAAAAGAGCAACCUAAAAAACUCAACAAGAGUUAUUAAUCAUCCACCUCAAACAUUAGAAGAUACACCUUGCAAUCCUUAAAUGCCAAAUGCCAAAAUCGAUGGUAUUACAUAUUUAGGGGAGGGUGAAACUUUUAAUUCCAAAAUUUGA